UCAAAAUGGCAGCUCCCAUUGAUUUAAUUACAGCAAAGAAGAACUUGGCGGAAGUUUUAGGAGAGGAAUGGAAAAGUUACCUAUUCCACCUAAAACAGUGGUUCAGGAUGAAGAUUGCAAAAGAGGAAUUCGAUAAAGAAGCAAGAAAAUUGCUACAGGCAAAAACAGUCCAUCUACAUAAUGAAUUCCUGCUGGCGAUAUUUUCAAAAUGUCACACCCUCAGUGCAUCCACAAUACCAAAAUCCCCUCCUCCUGUAUCUAGUUCAGGAAAGCUGCUGAAGAAAGGCAAACUCAAGAGAAAACCCACAGCUAUCCGAAGUUCUUUCCAGCAGAGGUUUGUGCCUGUCAACCCCAUGUCUUGUGCUGUUCCAGCCACCUACAAGGACGUGAAAGAUAUGGAGUUUGCGGGACGUGAAAUGUGCCUGCCUGAUGUGUCCAUGUUACAGGGGCGACUGCUUGUGUGUGCCUGGGAGGUCGGGCUCACCAACAUUGAUGAAGCAGUUGCCUCCCUUGUUAUGCAAGCUUUAGAGAUACAGCUAAAGAAUAUAAUCUCAGAGAUGAUCAGUCGCCGUGCUGGGUACCGGAUGAGGGAGAAGCGAUUUAGAUACAGUUUUGGGGAACCGGCACCAAAUCCCUACACCAGAUACAGCCAGCUUCUGCAGGACAGAACCACUAACAGUGAGGCAACUACCAUAUCCAGCCAGGGUCAUCAUCAACCAGCUCGCCGGUUCCCAGAGGAUGUGACAGAGGGUUACAGGGCUCAGGUGCUGGCCUGUGGGGGGCAGGGCCCUGAACCAAGGGCCCCUGCGACACUGUUUAAUCUGCUGGAAACACUCCAGACCUGCAAAAAUGUGAUCUCAUCGCAUUCUGUCUACGCACCAGCUAUGGAAAGAAUCAUUCACAAACUUUGGCAUCCAAGUCAUGAAGAGCUUGGACAUUUUGAAUCUCAGGAAGUCAGUGUUACGCAAAAGACUGCAGUGAAAGCACCUGAUAGAUAGAGGAAAACUAGUAUUAUUGAAGAAUUCUGUAUAAUUUAUGUGUUAUUUCAUGGAAAACUGAAAUGUGGAUCACAGGUGCAAGCUUUCUUGAAUGGAGCUUGUUGCUUGCUACAGCCAAAGGAGAUUUUAUAAAUUUUCUUACUGACUUAAAUAAUAGCAUUGAUUGCUGUAUCAUAUUUUUCAAAUAAAUUUCAGAUAGAUGA